AUGACUUCCACAGUGACUUCUGUUACAACUGCUCCUCCUGGUUACUCCCGGUCUCGGUUUCUGGACGAUAUCAAAAAGACAGCAAAGGCCAUCAAUGCCUCUUACUCCGAGUCCUCAGUUGCUAUUGUCUUAGAUACCUUCCAGGAUUUCUUCCUCGACGAAGUCAUCAUUUUCCGUACAACAGAUCGGCCCAGAGAUGCCCUGAAUUAUCGGUUGUUCAUUGAUAAAAAUGCGGACACUAUUUCCAUGGCAAAAAAAGCCAAUCUUCUGGACUCCAAUCAUACAAUGAUAGUCCCUCUUGAAAUAUGGUGUGCUGUUUAUGGAAGUGAGCACCAACAAUGGUGCGAUUUCGACGCAAAUGCGGGACUGGCGAAAACCUGGCUACAUUUCAUGACUCCUCGACCUGUCGCUGAGCUCCUAAUGGUGCCAGGAAUAUCAUUUAGUCUAAGAUCGCAUCUGCCGACUUUUCAGAAUCUCAACCUCAACAUGGUAUGGUUUGUGUCUGUUGAUUACCAUAAGAGCACUUUAAAUAUUUACUUUAUGGUUCCGGGGGCCUUAUUCAGAGAGCACGCCACUCGAUUGACAGGCCUCGCCGCUUCUUCGCCCCUAAGUGAGGCUGAAUUCGAAGAUAUGCAGAAAUAUAUGAAUCCACACGGAUAUCUGUUUACUGUUACCUUGCGGUAUCCUGAGGCCACAAUUCCUCGAGUUGCAUUUUAUGCACUGAAUCUGGUUCCCGACCAGGUCAAAAUCGAUGAUGGUCCACUGAGAGAGUUUUUGGAUGUUUGCCCAAGUUAUGAUGCUCGCCCGGCAGCAGCGCUAGCAUGGUCAUUUGGACCAGGCGGCGACCGGUAUAAAAAGCUUGAGCUUGGUUAUGCCAAUGGAUUUGGGGAAUUGAUGAGAGUCACAGCUGGGAGAGCCGCAGAGUGCUUUACUUAG